AUGCCUCCACCAGCAGCGCCACCUGGAGAUGAAGAAGAAGAUGUUCCAAUGGAAGAGGAGCGAGCGCCUGAGAAGUGGAAGCCCAUGAUGUUGCCAAUCAGGCAGAGUACAGGGCAAGACAAGGGACUGGGGCCCGAAGACCCAGAGAUGAAGGAAGCCUCCCAGCCCAGAACCCGAACGUGGCACGGGAGUCAAAGGAAGCAGUGCGAGGAGUUGCGUACUUCAGGGCCAGAUAUGGAAAGCCUGGAGAAAGUGGAGCUACCAGCUCCGGAUCCCAACAACCCGGAACCUGGACUCGACUACCUGGGAAUGAAAGGUGGAACCAAGCAGCAGCUCGAAGGCACCACCUCCGGAGUCACUGCCGAAAGCACGAGGAGGAGCAGCGCAAGCCACGAAAGGCAGAGGAUUCGGAGAAGCGGAGAUGAUCCAGAAGUUGAAAAUGGAGAAGAAGAAGGGGAGAAUGGACCUCUGAUAGGUGAGGCAAUCGACCUCACAAAGGAGGAUUUCGUGGAUUGCAUCUCGUCACCUCCAAGCAGCGGACUUUGCCCCUCUCUCAAUCUGCAUAGCAACUUUCCGAGAUCGUGCUGUGUGCACAGUGGCGGGCCCACUUCUGACAACAUUUUGAACAUCCUCUCCUCUACCCAAGUUGAUGUUGACGAGAACGAGGCUGCUGGCCCUUCGGUGGCGCCUUCAAGGGACAGGGAGGUGUUGCUGCUUGCGAUGAGCGGGAUGGAAGUGCAGCGCAUCAGGUACAAUGAUCUCAGCACCCAACCGGAUGCUGUGAUGCACAUGCGAUCGGAGCUUGCCAACACGCGCACCUGCAGCCCUUUCCAGAUUCACCUGGUCAGUGAUGAUGGAGACCUGCCAUUCCGACCAACUUGCUGGGAUGAACUGGGGUGCCCCCAGUGGUUGCAGAUGGUGCAGGUGCAGGGGCACAACGAGAACGAUGCCGAGUUGUGCAAGGCUGCCACGACCGGGAAUGUGGCCGAAGUGGAGGACCUUCUGCUCAGGAGUCAAAAUCCGAACGGUUGGUACUGCUGGCCGCUCCGCAACGCUGUGCAUGCCGGACAUGCGGAGGUUGUACGACUGUUGUUGAGGGCCGGUGCCCGGCCCGGCUCACCCCGCGAGCACAGUGAGGACAAGACCUUGCUGCACUGGGCCGCAGCUUUGGAGGAUCCGAGCAUCGCCCGUGAGCUGGUAAGAGCUCGGAUCGACGUCUCCGAGAAGGAUCGGUCCGACUUCGACCUCUUGCGUCUCUUGCGUCAUCGUAAUGCUCCUGACACUGCAGGGACGCCAUUGCACGUGGCCAUCCGCUAUGGCCGAGCUGCGACGGUGAUGCUCUUGCUCGAGGCGGGGGCGGACGUGAACCUGAGCGUGAAUGGCAGGACGCCCCUGGGCGAGGCUGUGGUGCAGGGCUCGCUGGCGCUCGUCCAGCGCCUGGUUGAGGCUGGCGCCGAUGUCUCUUUUGGCCUCCUCCAGGUGGCUCAGCAGUACGGGCGCCAUGACGUCCUGUGCUACCUUGUUGCCUCGCUUCAGUAG